UCAUCUCAACUCUCCUCUCCUGACUGUAUCCGACGCGCAAAACAUCGCGGCGCUCAGAUCGGAAUAUCUUCAUUCAUGAUUUUUCGGUUUGUUUUUGAACAUUUUAUCGCGUUGUUCAGGAUUUUAGUGUUGUAAGGAUUAAGUGUUAAUGAAGGCGAUGCUUCUUGUCAGGAGAAACACUUUGGUCCUGUGUUUCCUUCUGCUCCAGGCGCACGUGUGUAUAUCCUCUAAAGGAGAGGACAGACUGUUCCGAAGACUCUUCCGAAAGUAUAAUCAGUUUAUCCGGCCGGUGGAGAACGUGUCAGAUCCGGUGACGGUGGAGUUUGAGGUCUCCAUCUCUCAGCUCGUCAAAGUGGACGAAGUCAAUCAGAUAAUGGAGACCAACCUGUGGCUACGACAUAUAUGGAACGACUACAAACUGAAAUGGUCUCCAGCAGAUUUCGAUGGCAUUGAGUACAUCAGGGUUCCAUCCAAUAAGAUCUGGAGGCCUGACAUUGUGCUCUACAACAAUGCCGUAGGUGACUUCUUGGUGGCAGACAAGACCAAAGCUCUGCUGAAGUAUGAUGGCACCAUCACCUGGGUUCCUCCAGCCAUCUUCAAGUCCUCCUGCCCAAUGGACAUCACCUACUUCCCCUUUGACUACCAGAACUGCUCAAUGAAGUUUGGUUCAUGGACAUACGACAAAGCCAAGAUCGACCUGGUGCUGAUUGGCUCCACGGUAAACGUCAAGGACUUCUGGGAGAGCGGUGAGUGGGAGAUAAUUGAUGCACCAGGAUACAAGCAUGACAUCAAGUACAACUGCUGUGAGGAGAUUUACACGGACAUUACAUACAGCUUCUACAUCCGCCGCCUGCCUCUGUUCUACACCAUCAACCUAAUCAUUCCAUGCCUCCUCAUCUCUUUCCUGACCGUCCUCGUCUUUUAUCUUCCGUCCGAUUGUGGUGAGAAAGUGACACUAUGCAUUUCUGUCCUCCUUUCCCUCACUGUCUUCCUCCUGGUCAUCACCGAGACCAUUCCGUCCACUUCUCUCGUCAUCCCCCUGAUUGGUGAAUACCUGCUCUUCACCAUGAUCUUUGUCACCCUUUCCAUCGUUAUUACCGUCUUCGUGCUCAACGUGCACUACCGCACUCCCACCACGCACGCCAUGCCCUCCUGGGUGCGAGCCGUCUUCCUGCGAGCUCUGCCCAGAAUUAUGCUAAUGAGACGUCCCAUGGACCAAUCAGAAUCCUCCGGAAAAGCAAGUCUAUCUGAGGGAUCAUCCGGAGAAGGAGAAGGGAAGAAACGGAAGAACAGUUGCAGCAACUGUUUGGAGUUUGGCGAGGGGAAAGCAAGGGAGGGGGAGGUAAAGAAAGGCCCAUGUCCAUGCCAUCCCACGAAGGAGCCUCCCGCAGGGGAUUGUGGGAAGCAGAGUCGGCAGCUGAGUGCUGUUAACACGGUGGUGGCGUUUUCAGUGGUGUCACCUGAAAUCAAGCAGGCCAUCGAGAGCGUCAAGUACAUCGCGGAGAACAUGCGGAGCCGCAACAAGGCUAAAGAGGUGGAAGACGAUUGGAAGUACGUUGCUAUGGUAAUCGAUCGAAUCUUCCUGUGGGUUUUUGUGCUGGUGUGUGUCCUCGGAACAAUGGGUCUCUUCUUCCAGCCUCUCAUCAGCUUCUUCGCAUGACAGCUGACUGGAUCACACCUUCCCCAUUAGUCAGAGACUCAGCAAUCACUCAAAUUCAGCAGACCACCCGAUUUACCCACGCAUGAGUUUCCAUUCACCCAAAAAACCAAGAAGGAGUGAACACCUUCUCACAUUCUGACUUGCAUGUUGAAGGUUUGUUGCAGUCUGGCCAACCAAAUCGAAUGUGACAAAAAAGUCACAAACCUAUUUUAACAAACCAACACAAACAUGGUUGUAUUUCUGUUACUUUCCCUUAUGUUUGCCACUGCCUAUAAACCUCACGCUGUAUGAGACACUGCGGUUAAGACUUCCAAGACGCUGGCUAAGAACGUUUGAUUUCUUCACACCAUGAACAUCACACUUUAAUCAAGUUGUUGGCCUAAAGUUCAAUAAUUAAUAUAAAAUCAAGCUCACGUCCAUAGAUCUCCAUAGACAGACAUUGACAUUAGAAUUGAAAAGCUGAAUAUUGAAGUGUUUCUUGACUUUAAACAUUGCACUGUACUAGCAUGAUUCCCACCUUAACCACAAGGCAAACUCUUCUGACUGAAUGGACACAAAUUCACGAAUGAAAGACUGUACCAUUAAUAUCUAUGGAUUUGGAAUAGGACAUAGUUAUAGCAAAAAAGUUCAAUUCAACACGAAUCAACAUCUUCCGGUGUGAAUUUCUCCACUUUUCAAUUAGAAAGAAGCAGAUUUUGUAAAAAAUUUCAGUCUUUAAUUUUUAGAAUUGUGCGAAAAAGUUUUUUAAAAAAAUCUCCAAAGGUUUGAUUAGAUUAAUAGAUCAAACCAAAACCAAUGGUCCACACCAGUCAGACCUUCAUCCUAAUCAAAUGACUUCCUAAUGUCUACUGAGGAAAAAUGAAGAGUAUUUUUUUCUGAUGUUUGUGUCAAAUUAUGUUGAAAACUGAUUUCUGAAAAUUUGAUUCCUGCACCUCAUGAAAAUGGCGUUCUUUAGCUCACUUGAACCAAAUAGUGGUUUGGUCUGAAUCGUAUGUAGAAGCCAUCAGUCGUCUGUGCUGAAGUACGAUUGGUUCAUCUUACUUCCUGUUGCAUAAUGGUGAGGUCUGUUGGUCAGAGAUGGAAUAUUUAUUUAGAUAUAUAUAUAAACCUGGAUGUUUGUAGGAGUGGAUUUUUUGUAAUUAGCUCACUCGUGUGAGAACAGAGUUGAAAACCCCAUAUCUUUUUCCAGCCAUGCUAAAAUGCUCCUUAUACGAUAACAACGCCUGAUGAAGAUUUGUGCACGGUGACAUGCAACGAAUCCAAAAAAACGGGAAUGCUGAUAGCACUGGGAAAAAAACAGCCAACGCUUGAACCUACUAACCAUGAUUCCACAGUCUUGUCUAGCUGCUUAAUAAAAACACAGUUCAUAUAACAUACAAAAUAUGACAUUCUUAUGACUAUAUUCUUUUGAAAUUUAAAAAACAGACCUCCGGUCACUGACCACAAGUAUCCUGUGUCUGCCAUGUCGGCCCAGGCAUCGUCGCUUUCGUUUCAUCCAUCUUUUCAUGGUGAUUUCUUCAACUGAGAACUCGAGCUGGAUGUUUGACCCCAAAAGAAAAAAGUCCACUUAAAAAAUUGCACAUAAAAAUGCAAAUCCCUUUAAAAGACUGCAUGAUUUUUCCUGGACACUUUUUUCCUCCCUCAUCUCAGUCUCUGAGACAUCCAUAAUCCCUUAUACAGAUUUACGGAAAGCACAAUUCUCUUGUUUUCAGCUGUUUGUAUGUUUGU